UGGAACUCAUCAACUAGUUGUGGAAAUCUAUCAGUAUCACAGCUUCCGACAAAUCGCCAACAUGUGCUCGAUAGCACUCUGCCUAGCGUUCCUUUUGGUCCAAACAAUUUUCAUCAUGCAUUGCAGACCACAUAAAACAGCUGAAAUCAUGAAGGAUGGCAGAGUGUCUGUAAAACCGGAAAUAAAUGUUGAAGAAGUUUUGAAAAAGUUUUCCGUCAAAUUCUACAAGAAACGCUUCGUGGAAGAUCAAAAUCUAGUUGUCGCUCCACUGUUGAUCUUCAAAGUGUUCAGAUCACUUUACGGCAUAAUGGACGCAUCGGCCAAGUACGAUCUUCACUCACUAGCUGACAUUCCCCAUAAUGCCAGCAUGGAAAAGAUGCAGGAAUUCGAGACAUUCACGGAUCACUCGCUGAAAGUGUGCAUCACUAAGCAGUCUCAAGUAGUGGCUCGCCUGUACUACGGCAAAUCCAUCGGUCAAAUUAACUCGGCCCUAAAGACUAUUGAAACUGUAACGACGAACUUUGACGAGAAACAGGGGUUCCUUAAACAGGUCAACGAUUGGAUUAAAAAUCCUCAAAUCCGAGGAACGGAUGAUUUAGUCCAUGAUUACGAUGUGAACAAGAAAACGGAAGCGUUUUUGGCUGGAGCAUUUUCAUUCGAUUGGCCAUCGCAGCUAAAGCUCGCAAACGGGGAGAAAACAUUUCAAGGGGAAAAAGUACAGUUUUUAGAGGGAAACAUUCGUACUUCAUACGCCAAACUGGACCAUCCCAAGGUUGAAGUAGUAGAGCUGAAACGUGAUGAACUACCCGGAAUCAAGCUUUGGCUGAUUCUUCCCGACAAAGCAUCAUCCAUCAAGGAAUUUAAUGACAAGUUGAAUGUCGACAUAAUUAGUCAAAUCGAAAGUGGUUUGGCCAAACAGAUAGCGGAUGUUGCCCUGAUCCUUCCGAGGGUGUCGAUUGAGUACAAUUCCCAAGAAGAUGCAUACGUCAUGGAAGUGUUUGAAGUGUUUAGCUCUCUGUUUACGACACCUUCAAUCAAACUGGCCGAGGGCAAGGAGGAUUUGUAUCCCGUCAAGAAUUUCCUGAUGAAAUGUAUACUGCGGCUUAAUGCGAGUGAGACUACAAUCGAAACCAAAGCACAAGGUGGCGCGAAAAAUUUGGCAUUUGACCGACCUUUUGUACUGAUGAUGCUGACAAACAAUGGUAGUGUUCCGCUUAUGUUGGCUAAUUACUUUUCGCCAAAGGAUAAACUACGAGAGCUGGAGGAGCAGGAACGGAAGUUGAAGGCUUUGGCACAGCAGCAUAUCGAUUUGUAAUAUGCCAUUCGGAAUGAACGGGAUUUGAUAGGUUGACAGAAAAGACAUUAGAUAAUAAAUCUCUUUACGGGAUAGGAUUCUGUUUCGAGGUCCUUUAUUUGAUUCUGGGGUGUCGGGUUCUCAGUAGAACGGUGGAUCAAUAGUCGACUUUUUUACCUUUGGAAUUGAGGAAAGCUAAAAAUUUAUUAGAUUAUGUAUUAUUAAAAUAUGUAACAUUGCGACACUAACAUGAUUUUUAACAACAACAAAAAUCACAUUAAGAUGUACUGUCUUUCGUUCAGCUCUAGAAGCUGUGUGAUUUAUUUAAAAUCAGGAAAUAUCAGGGAAUUCAUUUUUCAUUGAAUUUCAUUCAAAUUCAGGGAAAUCUUUCUUCAAAAACCUUUUAAUAAGUAUGAUUGAUUUCGCUAGUUUUGAACAAUAACUCGGUGAAGUAUGAAGAUGGUUGAUCAUUUCAAAUUUUAAAAAGAACUGAGCAAAAAUUACUUAAA